AUGUCAACCGAUUCAAGAUCGACGGAUAAAUUUGAAGGACUCGUCGGAGGCAUAUUUGAUUUCAUCAAACGUAUAGCUCAUGCAACAAUUUCACUGGAAACUGCAGGAAUUCAGAACCCAGAUGGGAAUGAUCCAAUCCGAUACCCGUUGGAUCAACCAGUAACUUCUCGCCUGACUGAAGCAGACAAAAGGAAACGGAAACAAGAAAGUGACAAGAAAUGUCGCGAAAAGAAGAAGAAAAAGAUGGAAGAGAAUGACAAGCAGGUUAAAAGGCUUGAAGAAGAGCGUGCGUAUUACAAAGGAAAAGUAGAUGCGUUAGAAAAAUUAAUAACUGAACGUUUUGGUGAAAAAUUAGCAGAUUCGUUCAAGAAAGCCGUGGAACUUGAAGGGAUUACAGCAAAACCAAUGCAAAGCUGGCAACUCCCUGGUGGAGGGGCAUUGGGUAGCACAUCUGCCGUUACAGAAGAAGUUGCUUACCCACCAUUAGAGCUGUCUGUUACAGCCAAGAGGUCAGAUGGCUCGAUAACGUCAGAGCCAUUCGCGCUCUGUCAAGCACUCCCUGAGGAAUGGAACCAGCUGGCGACGGGGCAACAUGGACUGCUGAUACGGGCCUUCUUCGGGCUCAAGGAGCAUUACACUGCCUCAACAGAACGUCAUGCACAGGAGAUAGCUGAGUUGCGGGAGGAGCUUUCAGUAGAUAUUGAUUCACUGUUUGCUUGA